AUGCUGUCGCCCAACCAAGACUUCCUGAGGUACGCCAGCCCGAAUGAGCGCCGAACCAUCAGUCGCGAAGAUCUAGGCUGCUACCACGCCGUCAUCAUCGGCGCAGUCUAUGAGUUUGGGCGCGAAUUCUCCAUUGAUUCGCCGUCUGUCCUUUUCGGACCAGUGGCGCACUGUAUCGAACAACAUCCAUUCCUCAAUGUCCUUGUGGGCGACAGACACACCGAUAAAGCGUACUAUCAUCGAGCAUCCGGCAUCAAUCUUGAAGAUCACAUUGAAGUUCAGAAACCAGCUUUUGCAUUGGGUGAUGAUACCGACCAUUGGAGUGCCGUUGAAGGCGUUUUGAAGUCCAAUCUCGAUCGUCCUUUCUCACACACCAUCCCCCCUUGGAGGGUCAUCGUCUUGCCUUUCGACAAGACACAGUACUUCAUCGCCUUCGCCUUCUCGCAUGUCCUUGGAGAUGGUCCGAGUGGUGUGUCAUUCCACCGCUCCUUCCUCGAGGCUCUCAGGAAACCCUCAUCGAAGGGUCCCUCGGCACCCUCAAUCAUCCAGCCAUCGCCUCAGCCACUCCCUGUACCUUUUGACACUCCUGAGAGACUCCCCAUAUCUUGGUCGUUUCUCCUGAUGCCGUUGAUCGCAGUACUCGUUCCGCAGUUCGUUGCCAAGUGGCUAGGGUUCAAGGCUCAAGUCUCGGAUGUUGACGAAAGCACCUGGACCGGCCUGCCUGUUGCUUUCGAUCCCAGUCAUCCAGAAGCCUCCCAGAGCAAGGUCGUCGUUCGCGUCGUUGAGGCAGAUCUCAUCGAGAAGGCCAUCCAAGAGUCGAGGAAGCACAACGCCAAAUUGACUGGAUUGCUCCAUCAAUUCCUCGCAAGGGCAUUGAGCAAGACUCUGGCGAACAAGGAACACACCAAUUUGGCCUCUCAGACGGCCGUCAACAUGCGCAAGUCGCUCGGAGUACCGAGUGAUGAGAUGGGCGAAUUCGUUUCGGCAACCUAUCUCGUCCAUCCAAUCACGAGCUCUACCGGCCCACUCUCAGACGACGAAUGGGAGAAGGCGAGUUUGGCCACGAAGAAAUUCGCCGAUAGGACUCCUUCGCUACGCCCCCAGCAUAAGAAAAUGGCUCGAGGGUAA